UCGGGCUGAGGAAGGAGGCGGGAGGGGGGUGUCUCUCUUGGUAAGGCGCCCGCGAUGAGAGUCUCCGGAGUGGCUGGGGAAAGCGAAGGAUGCACAAAAGGCAGCAGCGCCAGGAGACGCUUCAAAAGUGAAUCAUUCUCCCACUGUGUUUUCGACAACUUGGCUCAUGGCUUCAUUUUGAUGGAAGAUUGUUUGUGAAGGCAGAGCCGUUGGAAUUAAAGUGUCAAUAUUUACAGGGCUCAGCCUGACCGCCUGCUCCUUCUGGCAAAUGAUAUGAUGUCAGAAAGAAAUAAUCUCACUUACCAGAAUCUUGGGACAGAUGCCAGUAAAAUGAUGGAAGAGUACGGUCACGUGCAAAACCAGGUGGAAUUACAAAAUCCCAAUUUAGGGAAGGAGGGAGUGAUGAAUUCCCUUGAAAAUGAUCUCCAGGAUAUAAUGGACAGGCUUAACCAGAAAAAAAAUUCGCCGAGUCUGAGGUUCAAGGCAAACGGUGAUUGUGCCGGUUCUUACUUAACACUCUCACAGCCGCUGCCACCCAAAUCCAGCCCUGCAUCUAGCGUUAAGAGUAUGUCGUCUGCUUCCAAGCUCCAAGGAAGCAAGCCAUUGGCUUGUGAGAGCUCUUACCUUUCAGAAAAGAACAUCUCUGGGAAACAUCUGGGCUCCAUUUCAGGCACGUCUCCAUCCUUAAGUGGGUACAGCCUAGGGAAGAGAGACUUUGAUAUUUACGUUCCCAGAGAAAAUGAGAAACAGUUUGGACAUCUGGAUAAGUUUCCCUACUCAAAGUAUAGUCAGAAGAAUAAAUCUUACGAUAACGUCUACUUCCCAGGAGUGCUGGAUGGGCGGAAAAACGCUGCCUCUCUUCUUGCCAUGUGGAAUGGAAGCUCAGGGAAUGAGAUAAUUCUUUCGCCCCUCGGAUGCUCGGGAGCGGCUAGUAUGCCCUCCAGCCCAAAGCAAGGCAGGAGGAUGAAUAUUCAAGAUCUCCUUUCACUUCAGAGCAGAGCAGCUAAACAGAUGGACCCAACCAUGGACAUGUUGGGGUCUAGAACCAGGAAGUAUUCUGGAGGCUCCCUGAGCCAUAUGGGAGUUUAUAGCCGUUCUUUACCCAGGCUUUACAAAUCGUCAGAAAGCCAGCUGGUGCCGCUAAGUUUACCCCCAAGGAGCUCCCUUGGGAACACCAAAAGAAAAAAGAUUGUGGAAAAAGAUCUUCUACCUCAGAGUAUACUGGAUGCUGACAAUUACCUUAACUUUUCUUCCUACACCUCAGGGGUUUUGCCGCAUACGAACUUUGCAUCUGAAACCAAUUCCUAUGUGAAUUCAACUCUCAGUGUUCCUGCCAGCCCCCGCAUAGCUCGGAAAAUGCUCCUGGCUUCUUCUUCCCCGUACGGGCCUGACGACUUUGACAGACUUGGACUCUCAGGGACCAGCCCGAUCAAUUCUUUCACCCCUGUGGAUCCCGAGAGAGCGUUCCCUAUCAGAAGGAAAGUUUCCAGCAGUUCCAUGGAGUUUGAGGAAAUGGAGCUAGAAAGCCUCAGGCAGACCCCUUCCGUCCGGGAGCGAAAGAAUAGCAUUAGUUCUGUUUCCGGAAGGGAUGACCUCAUGGAUUACCACCGGAGGCAGAGGGAAGAAAGGCUGAAAGAACAGGAGAUGGAACGACUGGAGCGUCAGCGGCUGGAGACCAUUCUUAACCUGUGUGCAGAAUAUUCCAAGCCAGACAGUGAUCCUGCCACUGUCACAACUGUAGCUGAUGUUCAGAAAAUCAAUAAAGAACUUGAAAAGCUUCAGGUAUCUGAGGAAGAUUCUGUCUUUGACGAUUCUCAGAUGACUCCCGAAACAAGAUUCAGAAAUCACUUGCAGAUGCCAACUGGAGAUUCCGACUUCUCUGAGUUCAGUGAUCUAGGUCAAAAUGCUAUGGGAUUCCUUACCCCCAGAGGGAUGAGAACAAAUAAACAUUUAGGUGACAACAGGACAACAUCACCCUUACCUUCUUCUCCCUUCUUGAAGAAUGCCAAUGAAUCGUCCUACCUGAGCAUCAUGUCCAAGACACCAGAGUGCAUAAGUGAUGAACAAAGAUCACUGGAGCUUAAUCAGAUGGAAGAACAGCGCAUUAUAAUACUGAAUAACUUGGAAGAACUUGAACAGAAGGUCAAAGAUCUAAAUGAUCAGAUGGAUGAGUCCUCUAGGGAGAUGGAUAUGGAAUGUGCCCUAUUGGAUGGGGAGCAGAAAUCUGAAACAGCUGAACUUCUCAAGGAGAAGGAAAUACUGGAUCAUUUAAACAGGAAGAUAGCCGAGCUGGAGAGAAAUGCCAUUGGUGAAAAGACCAAGGAAAAAAUAAAGCUUGAUGCUCAGAGGGAAAAACUAGAAAAGCUUCAGGAGCUUUAUACCGAGCAGAAGACACAGCUUGAUAAUUGCCCUGAGUCCAUGCGGGAACAAUUGCAACAGCAGCUAAACAGGGAUGCUGACCUACUGGAAGUAGAAAGCAAACACUUUGAAGAUCUGGAGUUUCAGCAGCUUGAAAAUGAGAGCAGGUUAGAUGAGGAGAAGGAGAACUUAACACAGCAGCUCCUGCGCGAGGUGGCUGAAUAUCAACGCAACAUUGUCAGUAGAAAGGAAAAAAUUUCUGCCCUCAAAAAACAAGCCAAUCAUAUUGUCCAGCAGGCGCAAAGAGAACAAGAUCACUUUGUGAAAGAGAAGAAUAACCUCCUAAUGAUGUUGCAGAGGGAGAAGGAGAACCUUUGUAAUCUAGAAAAGAAAUACUCUUCACUAUCGGGAGGAAAAGGCUUCCCCCUAAGUCCCAGCAGUCUAAAAGAGGGUUAUGUGAGUGUAAAUGACAUUAGUGAGCCGUAUGGCAAUUCCACGAAUAUAUCCCCUUCCACUCAAGCCCCCACGGCUGCUGAGGCUGUUCCUUCCACAGCUGGCCUGAUGAGCCAGACACAAAAUAAAGAGCUAAGAUCGCCUCUCUGUUCUGGAUUUGUGUUUCCUCAUUCCCUUUCUCCUCGCCCUCUUGCACAACUUUCACCAGCCCACUGGUCUGAGGUCAGGGCUGCAAAUGUAGAGCCUUUUCCUUUGCCCGACACACCACCACCUCUUCCAGCUAAGAAACACCGAAGGCAGUCACAGCACUUCCGAAAUCUGGAAGAGAGGAAGAAGCAGCAUAAAGAAGGCCCAUACAUGAGUGAUACCUUGCCACGCAAGAAGCCAGCUCCCUCCGUGUCUCCCCAUUUCAGCAGUUCUACUCUUGGAAGGAGUGUUAAGGGUCAUCCACCACUUGGACAGAGCAACAGCUGUGGCAGCGUACUCCCUCAUUGUUUGGGAACUAUGACCAAAGAGUCUGAACCAAGGAGGGUGCAUAAAGGAGCAAUUAAUCAUUCCAAAAGUGCAAGUAUUAAAGGUUAUAACAACCAACAUAUUUGUGAAGAUCAAAUCCAGAAAUCUCCCCAGUUCUACAGCAGAACUGCUUCUGAAUCGAACGUGUAUCUGAACGCCUUCCAUUAUCCUGAUCAUAAUUUCAAGGACCAUGCCUUUGAUACUCUAAGCUUAGACAGUUCUGACAGUAUGGAGACCAGCAUUUCUGCCUGCUCCCCAGAUAAUAUCUCCAGUGCCAGUACUUCAAAUGUUGCAAGAAUAGAAGAAAUGGAAAGACUUUUGAAACAAGCUCAUGCUGAAAAGACUCGAUUACUUGAAUCCAGGGAACGAGAAAUGGAAGCUAAAAAAAGAGCGCUGGAAGAAGAAAAGCGUCGAAGGGAGCAACUAGAAAAAAGACUGCAAGAAGAAACUAGCCAGCGACAAAAACUAAUUGAAAAAGAAGUUAAGAUACGUGAAAAGCAAAGGUCGCAGUCUCGCCCUUUGACUCGUUAUUUACCUGUCAGAAAGGAAGAUUUUGAUCUACGCAGCCACAUAGAGACAGCAGGACACAAUAUAGAGACCUGUUACCAUGUCUCACUCACAGAGAAGACCUGCCGAGGUUUUCUUAUUAAGAUGGGAGGGAAAAUUAAAACCUGGAAGAAGCGAUGGUUUGUGUUUGAUAGGAACAAGAGAACAUUUUCUUAUUAUGCAGACAAACAUGAAACCAAGUUAAAAGGAGUAAUUUAUUUUCAAGCCAUUGAAGAAGUCUAUUAUGAUCACCUAAAGAAUGCUAAUAAGAGUCCUAAUCCGUUGCUUACUUUCAGCGUUAAGACACAUGACAGAAUAUAUUACAUGGUGGCCCCCACACCAGAAGCUAUGCGGAUAUGGAUGGAUGUAAUAGUUACAGGGGCAGAAGGCUAUACCCACUUCAUGUUAUAGUAAAAUGGGGCAAAGUUUCUUUGGCAGGGCAUAAUGCAAUAAACAGCCUCACAUUUGGGGAAGGUGGGGAGAAGCCAUAUUUAAUCAUGUUGGACAAGUCACACACAAAAACAAGAAGCCACAGGUCAGAAAUGGAACACAUGCUGUGUACGGGAACAUUAAUUCUUAGAUUUGUUAAUCACUGACAUAGCAGAAGAAAAGAAAAGCUGCUUAAAAGAUUGUAGUGCUCCAAAAUGGAUAAUCAGAUCGCCAUAAGCCUGGCACAGAGAUUCUAUGGCAAUUUUCCUGCAAAAUUUCCUAAUAAAAAGAAACUUCAUAGCAUAAAAGUGUUAAUAUACUCAUCAGUAUUUCACUAUUAAGAAAUGAAAGGGAAAGGUAUGAUGUCUGUAUUUAAUGCACAGAAAUUCUGUAUAAUUUUAAUUUCCUUAUAGGUUUUAUAACAAAUUUUUAAAAACUACAGUGUGCGAUGUUUUUGUCUUAGUUUACUGCAGAACCAAAGAUUCACACUGUAUAAUGAGAUUUAGCUUUCAUGUGAUGAAAAAGCAUUAAAACACUUCAUAAAUAUUAUUGGGGCAUUUCAAAAUAUUACCAUUAGCUUGUUCUUUUGAAAAUACUGUACAUGAAUUGAGUAACUUCCAAACAUCACUCAUUUCACUAAAAGGGCAGUAUCAGCUGAAAAUUUGUAUGUAGAGAGGUUCAUGUCCUGCAUUUCUUCAGUAUCAAUUACUAAAUUAUUUAAGUUCUUGCAACAUUACGACAUUCUGCCUGCUAAAACUGAAGAAAGAAUUUUGUGGGUAAAGAAUAUUGAUAGAGCUAAGAACUGCAGCUAAAAAGCCAAGUCUUCAAAAUUAUGUGUUAGUGGUUUUAGCAACCCCCCCCCCCCCGCCCAAAGGCAGAAAUUUUCCCCAAAUGCAAGAUUUUGUAGUAUAUAGCUACAGAGAAAUCUUUGUUCCGAAUAUCCGGGACCUCACAUAGGGGAUAUAUGAUCAGCCCACAGAUGGGUUAGGGAAUGCCCUGUAUUCGCAUUGGAAAAGUUCACAGAUUUCAACCCUUUCGCAUAAAGACUGACAGAUUUCAGCGUAACUGAAUACCCUCUGAGGGUCGGUUGACAGAAACAAGAAGCUGGGGCAAUUUUCUUGGGCACACAUGAGACCAGUCAUCAACCAGACUCCUUCAGUCUGACCAGAAUUUUAUAUGUGCUGGUGGUGAAGAAGGGUAGGAGUAUUUCUAUCGCAUUUCACCAGGACCAGCAGCUAUGUUUCAGUGCCUGAAUAGAAGCCAUGUAAACUUACUCUGCAUGAUAAACAACGCAGCUGCUGCUAGUUCCACUGCCCAUUUGUCUUACUGCUACGCUCCCAAUUCAACCCUCCAGGGUGCCAUCACAGCCUUAUGUCAUCAGUUACCACAUGCAUUUGUACUCACACUUUCAUUUGACCUGUAUUUUGAUCGUAUUGUGUACCUAUUAAUUCUCCCAGGUCCGAGGGCUUUUCUCGCCAUUCCGCAGUUUCCCUUGCAAAAAAUGGAUUUUGCCCGCUGAAUCGGACCUUACCAGAUGCGUGAAAAAGCUGAAGAGAGAUUUUACUCACCAAGCUUCUGAUUCAGUGGGUAAGAUUGGAUUUUCCCAAGGCACAGCUAUGAAACAAUAAAAGUUCUUGGACCUGGAUGAAUCCAUCGGUAUAUAGUUUGAUCGAAAUAUGGGACAAGUGAAAGAGUGAAUUAGCCCCAAGACAAGUAUUUUAUUUUGUGAACCGCCCUGAGAUCUGUGGAUGAAGGACAAUAUACAAAUGUAACAAAUUAUUAUUUUCUUUCCCACUUACUUGAAACUUUCUUACAAACUAAAUAUACAACAAAUGUAAAAAAUAUAAUACAUUUCCCUUUAGCCCAAAUACAGUGAAUACAGUAUUUUCUGUGCCCUGUGAUCUCUAAGCAACUGAUAUAGGAGAUUGUAGAUCAGUGGUAGAAAAGAUGUUUUGAGUGCCAAAAGCCCCAGUUUCAAUCCAUGACCUCUCCAAUUAAAAAGGUUCAGGCAGGUGAUGUAAAAAGGCUUCUGCCUGAGGCCCUAAGGAGCUGCUGUCAGUCAGAAUAAUCGACAAUACUGGACUAGGUGGUCAAAUGGUCUUAAUUUUCUAUAAGACAGCUUCCUAACGUGAUACAGAAAACUGUUUUAGACCCAGUGGAUCAGUUAAAGUUCAAUAGUCUGAAGGUGGCUGCUACAAAGCAUUCGCCCAAGAUAGUCUGAAGUGUUUGUGUAAUUGAAGAGAUUACUGUAUCUCUCUCAUAAAAAAAUAUAUUCCUUGAAGAUCUUUUCCAUUAAAAGAAAACACAUUUUAAUCCUUGAAUAUUGUGUUCAGAUGAAUGAUUGAAUUUUUAAGUUCAAGUCUGUGUUUGAUAUUCUCUUUUAAUAAUCUGAAUUUGUAAGUGCCAUAUGCUUUUUAAUGUAGGAAAUGAAAAUCAUUGUUUCUGUUCAAGAAAAAUAUAGAUAAUAAAUCACUCUCGCAGAAGUGGUUUAAGUUUAAAUAUAUCCUGCAUGAAGAGCUGUUUGUUUGUUUUUGUUAAAAAAAAUCACACAAUAUGGUAUGGCCAAUAAUGUGGUUACGAUAGUUCACAAAUGCUGCAGUCCCGAAAAAUUACAUCCAAGUGUGCUUGCAGCAGGGUUAGAGAACAUUUCUCAAUAUGAGGGCCCUAUUCCAUUGCUCCCCAGCCUACUGGGGACCACAUGACAACGGUGGGUGGGGCAGAGGCAAAGUGGGCGGGGCACUGAAUGAGACUGAACGUUUUUCAGUAGGCUACAUUACAGCCCUGCAGGAGGUUUCUACAGAAGCAGCCUACACAGCUCACCAUCCAGGCAAACAAGAGUCAUUAACAGAGACAAAAACACCCCAGGAGGUGGCACAGGACUGGUGAGGGGUGUGAACUGUGAAGGGGGUGUGGCCUGCAUAGUUCCCCCAAGGGCUUCCUAGCCUGAGUUCCUCCACCUCUGACUUGCAGCCUGACAAGCAUGGUUUAAGGCUACAUUUGCUUAAGUUUGAUUAAAGUUUCAAUCUUCUGUGAUUUUUCAGGAAUGCAGUAUAAAUGAUAUUCAUUAUGAAUAGAAAGAAAGGAUCUCUUAUCACAAAGCCUAAUUAAAAUCCUCUUUAAAAAAGAAGAAGACUGGAAAAACAGCUUAGAUGGUUUU